GCAUCAGAGGUAGAAGAGAGCAACGCAAAUAAAGCAUGUCAUUAGGACACGAGGCGUGCAGAAUUCACCCAUAGCACAUAUUUUAAUAAACUUCCUCGCUGAGGCACUUCAACAACUUGAGCCGAAGCCAGACUUGUAUAAACGCAGCUGAUGUCUGAGGGCUGAGAGGGGGAUAGAGGCGCCCAACCCAUUUCUUUUGUGCUGAAGAGCCUGUGAUUUCAUUGAGCUUUUCCCGGGCUGCUACUAUAAUGGGCUCCCUCGCUUUGAAUCGCUCUUGUAUCGGCGACCUCUUUUUUGUGGUUGAACUAGAGCUAUCUUUUUUUAGUUGGCAGUAGUUCUGAAGCUUGGGGACUGGCAGAAGAAAUUUCUCGCCGAGCAUCCGGACGGGACCCAAUGAAAAUGCACGGGAGAAACAGGUACAACCUGGUGGACGAUGUGGCGGAUUCGCGAGUACCGCUUCACAACGAGGAAGCGUAUCAACACGGAAUACACUUCCAAGCCAAGUAUGUUGGCAGCCUGGAUGUCCCAAGACCCAACAGUCGCAUGGAGAUUGUUGCUGCUAUGAGAAGAAUCAGGUACGAGUUCAAGGCAAAGAGCGUGAAGAAGAAGAAAGUGAGCAUAGGGGUUUCUGUAGACGGGGUCAAAGUGGUGCUGCGCAAGAAACCCAAGAGGAAAGAGUGGACGUGGGAUGAGAGCAAGAUGCUGGUUAUGCACGACCCCAUAUACAGGAUCUUCUAUGUAUCCCAUGAUUCUCAGGAUCUGAAGAUAUUCAGCUACAUUGCUCGUGAUGGAUCCAGCAACUUGUUUAGAUGCAAUGUGUUCAAGUCCAAAAAGAAGAGUCAGGCCAUGCGGAUAGUGCGGACAGUCGGUCAGGCGUUUGAGGUGUGCCAUAAGCUGAGUCUGCAGCACGCUGAGCAGAAUUCAGAUGAGCAGCCAGACGGCCCUGCAGACGGCCAAAGCGAUCAGUCUGGAGAAGAGCCCAGCCCUGAAGGUCGUCAGCUGACAGGGAUGGAACAGGGAAUGGAGGAUGUCACCGGAAUGGAGUCUCAUUCCCCAAAGCUCAGUGAGCAGGCUAUGGAUGACAUUCUUCAGAGCCUGUCAGAGCUCAACAUGGUGAAACCUGGACAAACCCAUCAGUCUUUACAAGACCUGGAGGGUGUCUCUCUCUACACGCUAUCCCCCAGCAGCCCUUGCUCUCCUACUCUCACACCUUUGGCCAGCCAUCACCACCUGCAGUUACUCCAACAACAGCUGCUACAGCAGCAACAACAAACCCAGAUCGCUGUAGCACAGGUGCAACUCCUAAAGGAUCAGCUGGCCGCGGAGACGGCUGCCCGCAUGGAGGCGCAGGCCAGAACUCACCAGCUGCUGCUGCAGAACCGAGACUUACUGCAACAUACAUCUCUGCUGGUGAAACACCUCAGCCAACUGGAGGUCAGAGUCAGUGGAGCCACAGAGAAAGAAGAAUCAAUUUGGAGUAGUCUGCCCACUCGUUCUCUCUCUCUCAACCUGAAGAACCUCUACACUCCUCACUCAGACCAGCCCGUCACCUCCACUCCAGCAGGACAGCCAGAAAACCCUCCCGUCUCCUUCCACGCUGAGUCCUACCUCAAUCUGCUCAAUCCAGCAAAUGCAAGGAGUGAUGCUGGAGUGGAUGCAGCGAGAAAGGAAGUUGCUAAGCUAGAAACUCGGAAUUCAACUGCACUUGAUGAGAGGUAUAAACAAACCAUUCCUAAACUGGACCCACCUCCUCAGCCCCUGAACCGCAAGCGGUCGAACAGGACUCUCUCUCCGGGUGUAGAGGCAGAGUCAAGAUCUUCAGCUGUAGCCACACCUGUAAAUGGGAACGCAUUCACAAACGUGAGCGGUAGCUCCUCGUUUCCUGACAUCGCGCUAUGUUCCGUUUCUCCGGGGGAUUUCUAUUCUCACACCAACGGCAACAGCGUGUCAUGUUCAACCAGCGAGGAUUCUGGCGUGCGCUCCAAUGACAAAUCCCUUGUAUCCCCCCAAUCCAGAGACGACCCCUCUGAUGACCAGAGCUCUGCGUUCAUCUCCACAUCCAGUACCUGUAGCAGCUUACCUGAGGAUCAUCCAGCUGUGGAUGGUGGGACCACACCGCUGGGCUAUGAGCAAACCAUCCCAUUCUCUUCACCUAUGAAUGACACCUGCCUUCAUAUAAGCCUGAGUGAAGAUGAGUUUCUGGAGGACGGCACCUAUAAUGUCACCACCCCAUGCAGGAGUUAGAGUCUCACACCAAAUCCGAGGGAAAUCACAAUAAUAAUGACUUUCACAGUGUUGAGAAACUCCACAGAACAAAAACAGAAUAAAGAAAGGAGGAUUUUUUUUGUAUCCUAAUAUCAUAUUUUUCUUUACCUACAAUGCCCUAAAAUGAUUUCAUCUAUAAGAUUUGCUGAAAGAAGAUUUAGUAUGAUACAUAGACUACUAUUGACAGAUGGAUAGUGUAUUUUUUAGACUGAAAAUAAAUAGUUAUUUUUAGCCAAUAAACAAGCAACGAAUGAA